ACAGCGGAUGGAAUUCCCAGGUCUUGUCAUGAAGUUUUUACCCGUGGAACGAAAGUUUUUGAUGGUAGAAACUAUAAGGGAAGGUUUUCAAAAGAAGAAAUCAAAGCAUUGCUCAAGUAUCAUACAUUACAUGGCAGUAACUGGCGAAAGAUUUCUGAGCUGACUGGUCGAAGUUCUUUUUCUCUUGAGAAACGUUUUUCCCAAAUUAGUUCUGCUAAAAAAAGUGGACCGUGGUCUGUGAAGGAGGAGCAGAGACUUUUGAGGGCUGUACGAGACCAUAUUGUAACUGAGUUGAAAUCUGAGUCGCCAAAUAACACAACACCAAAACGAGUCAGUAGAGAAAUGCUCUACCAAAAAUUACCUUGGUUCAAUAUUGCACUGAAGGUUAAAACUCGAUGUUGGAGCAAAUGCAGAGAGAAAUGGUUGAACAUGCUCGCUGUACGGAUGUCCUCAGGGACUUUAUGUAGGGGAAGGAAAGCUCAGGAGGCCAAAAUCAGACUCAUUAAAGCAAUGUAUCAAAUGCAAGUGGAGGAUGUUACUGAUGUCGACUGGGAUGAUCUCACGGCUGUAUUUGGGGAUGUUCCUCCAGCACAUGUGCAAGCAAAGUGGCACCAGCUUAAAGUUUGCUAUGUGCCGAAUUGGAAGGCCAAGUGUUUUGGAGACAUUGUUGACUUCCUCUAUGAAAAAAUCUUGCCAGGCCUGGAGAAGGAUUGUGAAGACCUCGAUGACGAUGAGCUGAAGGUUGAACAGAAGCAGAGCUUUCUUAUAUCUGACAUUUUUCAGGACAUUAAUGAGUAUGAUUGCUGUGACAGUGAUGAAGAGAGUGUCCAGAAAGAGGACACUUGAACUCUGAUCACUUGUACUGUAUAAAUCUUAAAAUUAGACCUUAAAAAUUAUUUCUUUAAACCAUUACACUAAAUAUUCCACCACUGUAAAGAAAAAGCAUGUUUAAGAUGUUUGAUAGUUCCUUUUAUUCUUCUGUUCAUACAUUUGAUUAAGCAUUGAAUAAACAGAAUUUGUAUUAUGCCUUUAAA